AAGAACUUUUUGCCGUAGCCUGUCUCCAGGGGAACCAGGGCUACGAGUAGGCCAGGCCGAGGCCGCCCACCAGAGAGGCUGUGAGAAGUGUUGGAGAUAGUGAACUGUGGGUACCUGCCCUGAGUGGGUGGACCGACUAAAACAGGAAACUCUACGUCUGUAUGGAGGAGGGACGGGAGCCAGAAGACUCCCAGCAGUCCGCCGGGGCUGGGGUAACCAGGGAAGCUGGAAGGGUAGAGGGGCAAGGAGUCCCAGAAGAUGUAGAUGUUGUGAGGGCCCCUGAGGAGGCAAGACAAGUGGGGGUGUCUGAAGUCGCCGUGGAUUUAAACUUGUUGAGGGUCCCUGAGAGGGCAAGAAGGGUGGAAAGAAGGCCUGGAGUCUCCAGGGAUGUAAGCAUGGUGAGGGGCUCAGAUGAGGACCAGAUGGGAAUCCUGGAGGAGGGAGGAAGAAGGAUAAAGACGGUGAGAGUCCAGGAGACAGAAACUGGGGAGGAAUCUGGGCUGUCCGGAGAGAUCAGUGAAUUGUCAGCGAUCCCUAAGGGCAAGGUGCCAGGAAGGUCCAAAGGGAAGAGGAGGAAUCGCCAGCAUGAACUGGAGGAGAAAGUGGGUGGGCAACAGAAUCAAGAAAGCCAUUUAGGCCAGCAGAGGCCGGACCGGGAGGAGUACUUAGAGCCCUACUUGGAAGGGACAGUGCAGCGCUAUCGCUCCCGGACAAUGAAACACAAGGGCUUAGUUGACAGUCUGAUUCAAGCCAAGUACCGCCUGGAGAGGAAGCCCAGUCUGAGGAGCCGCGCUGGAUCUUUGGCUCAGGGCCGCUUGAGCCUGGCACCCCGAUCGUCCCUGGCUUCUGGACCGUCCCUGGCUCCUGGAUUGUCCCUGACUCCUGGAUCGUCCCUGGCUCCUGGAUCGUCCCUGGCUCCUGGAUCGUCCCUGGCUCCUGGAUCGUCCCCGGUUCCCAGUGUAUCCCUAGUGCCUCGGAAGUCUCUGGCGCCCCAGGUGUCCCUGGGUCUGGGCUCACAACGUUCCAGCGCCUCGAAGAGAGCGAGCUCCACUUGGUAUCAAGAGCCAGAGCUGGAAUACCGGCGGCCCCCCAUACGCUUCAGCCUCCGCCCCAAGACAUCUCGCCGCCUGUCUCAGCGGUCAGACACCCCCUGCAUCUCGCUCGUCGGUGCCUUCAACGAGCUGGCAAAGAUGGGUGACCCGGACCUGUUGGAGAUGGUGGAGGAGGAAGGUUUAAGAGCCAAAGAAAUGAACUAUGUUUUCCAAAGGAAUGAGGGCAUGGGCACCAGGGAUACCAGCUUCCUCAUCAGUAAAGAGUCGCAGCCAUUGUUUCAAAGAAGCGAACAAAGCAAAGAUUCAAUCUUCUUCAGAGAUGGAGUUAGGCAGAUCGACUUUGUCCUUUCUUAUGUGGAUGAUAUGAAGAAAGAUUCAGAUCUAAAGGCAGAAAGAAGACGCGAGUUUGAACUAAAUCUCAGAAAAACUGGUCUUGAGUUGGAAAUUGAAGAUAAAAUGAACUCUGAAGAUGGAAAAACCUUUUUUGUGAAGAUCCACGCCCCAUGGGAGGUCCUAGUCACUUAUGCUGAAGUGCUGGGAAUCAAGAUGCCUAUCAAGUUGAGUGACAUCCCACGGCCAAAGUACCCACCUCUGAGGUACAUGCUCGGGCCUGUGAAGCUCCCGGCCACUGUGAAGUACCCCCACCCUGAGUAUUUCACUGCCCAGUUCAGCAGACACCGUCAGGAGCUCUUCCUCAUUGAAGACGAGGCCACUUUCUUUCCAUCUUCAACGAGAAACAGAAUUGUUUACUAUAUUCUGUCACGAUGCCCUUUUGGAGUUGAAGAGGGGAAGAAAAAGAUUGGAAUCGAAAGAUUGCUAAACUCCAACACUUACUUAUCUGCCUACCCACUCCAUGAUGGCCAGUACUGGAAGCCAUCCAGAACUCCUUCUCACAUCAAUGAGAGGUACACCCUUCACCAGAACUGGGCUCGGUUUUCCUACUUUUACAAGGAGCAGCCUUUAGAUUUGAUUCGGAAUUAUUAUGGAGAAAAGAUCGGCAUCUAUUUUGUGUUUCUCGGGUAUUACACAGAAAUGCUGUUGAUUGCGGCUCUGGUUGGCUUAGCCUGCUUCAUCUAUGGUUUGUUAUCAAUGGAAAAUAACCAAACUAGCACUGAAAUCUGUGACCCUAACAUCGGAGGUCAAAUGAUCAUGUGUCCACUUUGUGAUGGAGUCUGUGAUUACUGGAGACUCAACACCACGUGCCUGCAUUCGAAGUUCUCCCAUCUGUUUGAUAAUGAGUCAACGGUGUUCUUUGCACUCUUCAUGGGGAUCUGGGUCACACUGUUUCUGGAGUUUUGGAAACAGCGACAAGCCAGGCUCGAGUAUGAGUGGGAUCUGGUGGACUUUGAAGAAGAGCAACAGCAGCUCCAGCUGCGGCCCGAGUUUGAAGCCAUGUGUAAACGGAAGAAAAUGAAUCCUGUGACAAAGGAGAUGGAGCCACACAUGCCACGGUGCCAUCGCAUCCCAUGGUACUUUGUGUCAGGGACCACAGUGAUCUUCGGGAUGGCUCUCCUCCUCAGCAGCAUGGUGUCCGUCAUCGUGUAUCGCCUGUCAGUCUUUGCCACUUUUGCCAGCUUCAUGGAAAGUGAAGCCACCCUGCAGAAUGUGAAGAGCUACCUCACCCCCCAGCUGGCCACCUCUCUCUCUGGAUCAUGCCUGAACUGCAUUGUCAUCUUGAUCUUGAAUUUUUUCUAUGAGAAGAUAUCUGCCUGGAUUACAAAAAUGGAAAUUCCUCGAACUUACCAGGAGUAUGAGAGCAGUCUCACUCUGAAGAUAUUUCUCUUCCAGUUUGUGAAUUAUUACUCAGCUUGCUUUUACGUGGCCUUCUUUAAAGGGAAGUUGGUGGGCUAUCCUGGGAAGUACACAUACAUGUUUAACUUAUGGAGAAGCGAAGAGUGUGAUCCUGCAGGCUGUCUGAUAGAGCUGACAACCCAACUAACUAUCAUCAUGAUUGCCAAACAGAUUUUUGUGUCAACUUCUAUCAUUUCUAACAGCCUGGUUUUUAAUUGGUGGAGACGCCGAAGAACCCGGACCCACUCUGAGAAGCUAUACAGUCGCUGGGAGCAAGAUCAUGACCUUCAGGCUUUUGGACAACUUGGGCUGUUCUAUGAGUACUUGGAAACAGUUAUCCAGUUCGGGUUUGUCACGUUGUUUGUGGCCUCCUUUCCCCUGGCCCCCUUGUUUGCUCUCAUAAACAACAUUGUGGAGAUCCGAGUGGAUGCCUGGAAGCUGACGACUCAGUACAGGAGACCUGUGGCUGCAAAAGCUCACUCCAUAGGUGUCUGGCAGGACAUUCUCUUUGGAAUGGCCAUCAUUUCCAUUGCAACUAAUGCCUUCAUUGUUGCCUUCACAUCUGACAUCAUCCCACGCUUAGUUUACUUCUAUGCCUACUCCAGUAAUUCCUCAGAGCCCUUGAGUGGAUAUGUCAACAACAGCCUGUCAGUGUUCCUGAUAGCUGACUUCCCCAACAACACAGCACCCAUGGAGAAAAAAGGCUUCACCACUUGCAGGUACAGAGAUUACAGGAACCCUCCUGAUCAUGAGAACAAGUAUGUCCAUAAUAUGCAGUUCUGGCAUGUUCUUGCCGCCAAGAUGGCCUUCAUCAUAGUGAUGGAACACAUAGUGCUUCUGUUCAAAUUUCUGUUAGCAUGGAUGAUACCAGAUGUUCCAAAGGAUGUCAUAGAGAAAAUCAAACGAGAAAAGUUAAUGACUGUCAAAAUUAUCCAUGACUUCGAGCUCAACAAGUUGAAAGAAAACUUGGAUUUUACAUACAGUAACAUCAUGAGGGAUGACACAGUGAAAGACAAUAUAUCCCUGGGGGAAAAUUCCUCUGUCUAAUCCACAUGCAAGGCGCUGACAUCAGACUUGGAGUCCUGAAGACAGUUGCAGGUGGUGCCACUGGAUGCAGAGUCUGGGAAAUCACGAAGUAUUUCCUCUUAGAGUGAAAUCCUGGCCUUGGGAUGCUUGGUCACUUCCCAGAGCAACUGUGCAUCUCUGCUCUCUUCUGUUGAGUGCUCCGUCACCCUCCCAACAAGAAAAGGAUCACAUUGAAGAGUAAGCUAGCAAAGAGAUCUGCCAUCUCAUAGAACAUUUGCCUUUCUAAAAUGCACACAUUAAAAACUGAAAUCAGA